GACACGUGUCCAAUAUCCUCUGUUUCCCUAAAACCCUCACAAAAAUCCAUACCCAUCUUUCUCCUUGUAAACCUCUUUCUCUCUCUUCACACUUUCUCUCUCUCUCAGUCCCAUCCUUGAGUUAUGGCCAAUCCACUUGGUUUUCUCUGAUACCCUUUAUGUAUUUUCCCUCUGCGCCUCCAUUUUCAUCUCAAAGUUUCGAUCUUUCUUUUCUGGGCAUAAUCAAAAACCCAAUCUUUCUCUAUCCCAACUAAGUUUUCAGCUUCAAGAUCUCUUCUUUUCUUUUUUUUACUUUACUUGCUGAGAUGAAGUUUUGAAGAUCAUGAUGAACGGCUGUGAUUAUGAUGAUCUUCUGGUAAGAACAAUAAUAAUCAUCAUUAUUAGUACAGAUUUUUCAAUCAAGAAAUGGUGAUUCUGAUUCAAGUUCGGUCGUUAAUCUGGUUGAGAAAAAGAAAAAAAAGAACAACAAGAAAAAUCCCAUUUUGUUAAUUACUCCAAAAAAACCCCAUAUCAAAAUCCUAAUCUUUUUUUGAUUAUAAGGUGUUUGAUAAUAUUCCUCAGUAGAUUUUGUUAUUUUGAAAAGUGGCUAAGAUGAGUUUAAGCACAGCUGAGGAUGAUUCAGCUUCUGAGAUUCAUAUCCCAUCUGAUAUAGAUUGGCAUAUGCUUGACAAGUCUAGAUUUUUCUUCUUAGGAGCAGCUUUAUUUUCAGGUGUUUCAGCAGCUUUAUAUCCAAUAGUUGUGUUAAAAACAAGGCAACAAAUCUCAACAACACCAAUCUCAUGUUUCAACAUGUCAUUUGCUAUCAUGCGCCAUGAAGGUUUUAGAGGUUUCUACAGAGGUUUUGGUACUUCAUUAAUGGGAACAAUCCCAGCUAGAGCACUUUACAUGACAGCACUUGAAGUAACCAAGAGUAAUGUUGGGACAAUCACUGUUAGAUUAGGUUAUUCAGAUACAACAGCACUUGCUAUAGCUAAUGCUGCAGCAGGGUUAAGUUCAGCUAUGGCUGCUCAAUUGGUUUGGACCCCAAUUGAUGUUGUAAGUCAAAGAUUAAUGGUUCAAAGUUGCAGCAAUGUUAGUAAUGUUAAGAACUCUAUUCCUAGUGUGAGUAGUUAUAGUUACACUAAUGGUUUAGAUGCUUUUAGGAAAAUUAUGUACUCAGAUGGGUUUAGAGGAUUGUAUAGAGGUUUUGGGAUAUCUAUAUUGACAUAUGCACCAUCUAAUGCUGUUUGGUGGGCUUCAUAUUCUGUUGCACACAGGCUAAUUUGGGGUGGUUUCGGUUGUUAUAUGGCGAAGAACAAGAAGAAAUAUGAUGAGAAUGAGAAUGGUUGUUUUAGGCCUGAUUCCCGAGCAACAUUGGCGGUGCAGGGUUUAAGUGCUGCAAUGGCGAGUGGUGUUUCGGCUUUGAUUACUAUGCCACUUGACACAAUUAAAACAAGGCUGCAAGUGUUGGAUGGAGAGGAAAAUGGGCAAAGAAGGCCACUUACAAUUGCUCAAACUGUGAGGAAUUUGGUUAAGGAAGGCGGUUUCGGUGCUUGUUAUAGAGGAUUAGGGCCAAGAUGGGCUUCAAUGGCUAUGUCAGCUACAACUAUGAUCACUACUUAUGAGUUUCUCAAAAGACUCUCUACCAAGACUAUUGAUUGACUUUGAAUCAAGAAGAGGAUGAUGAUGCUUUGCUUUUCUUUUUUCUUUGUUCUUUUAUUUUAUUUUUCAUAUCUUCAAAAUUUGUUCUACUUUUUCUUGUAUUGCCUUGUUGCCUUGGAUUAAUGUAAAUUCUUUGUUUUGUUUUUGUUUCUGUUUUCAGCCUUUUAUGUUAUUAACUGUGGAAAUAACUGCAGAUGUAAAUAUAUAUCUAUAUAUAUAAGUAUUUUCUUUA